CAUCAGUCAACACUACCACAACGUUUUACUUAUCACAUAUCAGCACAUCAUACAGUCUGCAACAUGAUUCUCAUUAGGAUUUCGGUUUUGGUCAUCUGCUGUUUAUUUUUGUCGCUGCUGGGAGUUGACGGAGCUCCUUUGAAUUGGUUCCCGCAUCCUUAUUUGCCUGCUGGUGCCAAUUCCGCGAUUGAGAAAAUCUUGUCAGACUAUGACAAUAAAGUUGGCGAUAAUAGGCCCUUUAUUGUCGAGGAUUACUUUUUCGAUUUAUCAGCCGACCAAUUCGGUGACUUUCUGAAAUUUAUCAAAAAUCAACUUCAAAAAGGAGAAGGGCUUGUCAAAAACAUUGAUUUGGCCGAUUUGGCUAAUAACCAAAGGGUUGAAGGAGAUGAUGGUUUCAACUCCGCCGUGGAGAAAAGCUUAUCAAACUAUGACAAUAAACUUAUUGGCGAUAAUAGGCCGCCUGCCUACAUUGUCGAGAAUAACUUUUUCAAUUUGCCAACCGACCAAUUCAAUGAACUUAGAAAAUUGGUUAAAGCCAACGGUGAAAGCGAGAAAAAGGACAAGCUGAAAAGAAUUUAGAAGAAAUAAUUGAAAAGAGUGAUCGCAUUUGUCUAUACACUUCAGCCCAUGAGACAUCAGAUGUUUUGGCGUCCAGAACUUUUCUCCUGAACAUUGUACAUAUCCAUUUUCUAAAAAAAUGCUGUUUUGACAUCAAUUUGACCAUAAAAAAGACUGUAAUUGGUACCUUGUGCACUCCAUACAACUGUUCUCUUAUAGAAAUAAAGAACCA